CCGGGAGCCGGGAGCCAGCAAGCAGUAUCAGACGCGGCCAACCAACGGUCAGAGAUCAUCAGGAGUCAUUUUGAAUGUUUUGCCGGCGCCGGCGUUGAAGUUGGAGAGUUCGAGUUUUGUGGUUUCACGUAGUGUCCCGAACAAAUCAGCAAUGGUGAAGCCUAAUUUGGCUUUCGUUAAUUUUUUUCGGGAGCAGCGCGGGAGGCGUGUAGUAGAGGUUAAAGACAUAGUUGUACCUGAAGGUCGUGAGCCUGACUCUUGGCCUAGGCAUCAUGCUGACUUUGAAAAGGACCAAGUUUUUAGUGUUCUGUGGCCCCAUUUGCCGAACGAGGGGUCAGCUUCUACAAUUGGAGAAUACGAAGCACACAUACUCUGCUUUGGAGUAACCAUGGAGGACUUGAUACAUGAGGCUAAAACAACCGGUUAUAAAAUCCCUCGUGCUGAUGUCGUCAAAUAUGAGAAUGUUGGUAUUAAUGUGAAGUCGUCAAAGAAACACAAGUCCCCUGAUGAGAAAAAGUCCUCACGAGGCCGUACAUUGAAGAAGUCAAAGACCCUUGAUACAUUGCCUGUGCCAGCUGUACCUCCAACUCACAACAAAAGGAAGAAGAGGCUAACAGAUGAGGAAUCUACAAGGCGAGAGAGGAAUAAGGAGUUUGCAUUGUCACUUGAAAUGGAUCUACCUUUUCCAGACGAUAUCUCGGAAAACAGUGCAGCCUUAGAGGUCACAAACUUAUCUCAAAGAAUUAAAGUAGAGCCCUCUUUGAAAUCCCACAACUCUAAUGGUCACACUGGUGGGAAGAGUGACAGGGAUGACCAAGUUUCUCUGCCACCAGCAGUUGAUGAGGGCAACAAGGGCUCACAUUCUGACAAUCAUCGGAAGUCUUCAAGCCUAGAACGUCAUUCAAGUGAUGGGAAACUAAUCUCUGAGCACAGCAGUGUGAAGAAAGGGAGUGCUUCAAAAUCACAUAGUAGCUCUCCUGUAAAUUCUGCAAGCCUGAGACACCCUGCCAGUGAUAAAAAGUUGCUUGAUGAAUGUGUCCAACGCAAGUCACCUGUAAAAGAAUCCAAGGGCUCACAUUCAGACACUCAUCGGAAGUCUUCAAGCCUAGAACGUCAUUCAAGUGAUGGGAAACUAAUCUCUGAGCACAGCAGUGUGAAGAAAGGGAGUGCUUCAAAAUCACAUAGUAACUCUCCUGUAAAUUCUGCAAGCCUGAGACACCCUGCAAGUGAUAAAAAAUUGCUUGAUGAAUGUGUCCAACACAAGUCACCUGUAAAAGAAUCCAAGCUUCCCAAGAAUGCUUUUAAAAGGUCUGAAUUUGACACUGAAAAUGAUCCAGUAUCACUUAAGGCAUUAAAGAUGAAAAGGUCAACUGAGUUAGAUGCAAGGCACUCCUUUUCUGAUAUUCAUGCAGAAAUCAAGAGUGCCACAAAUCCUGCUGAUCCAGAAGUCACGAGUGAAUGUCUGGAUUCACACGAACCCGGGGGAUUUGGUGACUCUCCUGGUGAGAGUCAGACACUAUCUGCUCCAGGUCACAAAUCAGAAUACAUUCACUCUGAGAGGAAAUUGCACAAGAAUCGAAGAGGUUCAACCAAGAGGACCUAUAUUGAAGCAAUAACUUCUGAGGAUGAAAGUCUGAGUGAUCGUUCUUCUAGAAAGUCUGAUGAUGCAAUAACUCAACUUUAUGUGUCGAAAAUUCAGAAACUUGAAACUCAGCUUAAAUCUUUGAAACGUGAGAAUAUUGUGCUGAAGGAAAAACUUGUGUCACCUGCUAAAGUCUCAGGUUUUGAUGAUAAUGCUAGGUCACCCCACACACCAAAAACCUUAGCUAAUUUGGCAUCUUCUUCUUCAGUGAAAUCAGCUCGAAGAUCUCUAGAAUUUGGAAAAACUUCUCGCUCUAAAUCACGCUCUAAAUCACCUGAAGGUGAUUUUACUGAUAAUGCCACUAUUGCUGAUAUGAUACUUGAUGCUAUAACAAACAAAGCACCUCUCCGGUCUGAUGGUGAAGGAAAGUUACACAUUGGCAAUGGGGUUUACAUCUCUUCCAAAGUAUUUGAAGAUAAAAUCAAAGCUUUCAAGGUCAGCCCCUCUAUAGCUUUGAGGGAUGUGAUGGGCAAUGUGUACACGUCUUCAGAGCUUGCCAAGAGAUCACUGGAAGGAGGCACCCCGGUGAAAGGUGGGCCAGACCGAAAGAAGUUGAAGAAGGCAAAGCUCACACCUCAGAAGAGAGAAUGCUUUCUUGGUGUAUAUCGCGCCAAAACUUCACAGAAAAGUGGGUCCCACAACAAGGAUUUUCUUCAGCUUUCAGUGGAGAAGGGAGGCAGAUCAGUCAUUCGAGACAAAUUGAAAGAAGCAGCGAAAGCGGAACGUUUAAAGGAAGAAAAGAAGGCGGCAGAAGCAGCAGCGGCUGCAAAACAAGAAAGGUCAAAGGUUGCUGCAGCUGCAAGGCUAAAGCAGUCCAAGGUGGCAGCAACUUCUGGAUCUGAAUCUUCAGGAUCUGACUGUUCAUCGCUAUCUGUCUCCCCUGCUCGAUCUGGCUCCCCUGCUCAAUUUCUCUCCGGUUCUGACUCUACUGGUAGCUCUAAAUAGUUUCUCAUCUCUUCCUUUUUAAAUCUGCUCUUGAGGUACAUAAUUUGUGCCUUUAAUUUUUCUACAAUUUGUUCUGCCAUUUAUUUUUCUACAAUUUUUUGUGCCUUUUAUUUUUCUAACAAGUACAUCAGUUGUAUCUUAUGUUACUGACUUAAGGGCAAAGCUUAUUAAUACAGCUUAAUCGUUUCAAUCA